AUGCCAUUCGCCGCCCUCCGCCCGCUGGUGCGCCCAGCCUCGCUGUCCUCCAUCCUGCGCGCCACCACCUUCACGCCGCUCACCACCCUCACCCGCGCCUUCUCCGCCUCGGCCCCCGCCAGCGCGACCUACAGCCAAGUGCGGCGCGGGUGCCGCAAGCCGCAGCCCGCGCGCAAGCUGACGUCGCCGCAGCUCAAAGACCGCCCGGAGAUGAAGGGCGUGUGUCUGAAAGUCGGCACGACCAAGCCCAAGAAGCCCAACUCGGGCGAGCGCAAGAUCGCCCGUGUGCGCCUGUCCAACGGCCGCGCCGUCACCGCCUACAUCCCCGGCGAGGGCCACAACGUCCAGCAGCACAGCGUCGUCCUCGUGCGCGGUGGCAGGGCCCAGGAUUGUCCCGGUGUGAGGUACAAGCUCGUGCGCGGUCCGCUCGAUCUGGGUGGUGUCGGUAACCGCUUGACUGGCCGCUCCAAGUACGGCACCAAGAAGCCCAAGACGACGUAG